AUGGGGCAGCACAUCCUGGCCUUGCUCAUUGUGGUUUUCUUAAAUUCUAGAGCACUCCUGCCCACCCAGGGCACUGCCUGGGCUACAGCCGCUGUCCCAGUCUCCGGGCUCCAGGGUCCCCAGGGAGACUCCCAUCAGGCCUGCUCUCAGGAGCCUCACAGCCCUUCUAGUGUCGAGCCACCUUACUGCGAUCUGCCCUGCUGCCCACUGGCCCCCGAGGACCCACUUGGCACCACCAGCUGUGCUGGCCACUCUGUGGAAGGCCUUGGUCUCAGGCAGGGGCCUCAGAGAGGCUGGUCCCCAACAGCUGCUCUCCCUGCAGAGGGCCCUGCAACUGCCCCAAAGAACAGGCACCAGGACCCUGAGGUGGUACCCUAUCUGGAGGAACCCAACUCUGACGCCAGCUCCAGCCAGGACAGCAAUACCCCUCAUGAUACCAGCAUUUCUUCCUCUGUGGACUGGGAUACUGUUGAGAGGCCAAGGGUGGUCCCCAACAGGGACAGACUCAAUGUGAUGAUCCCGAGGAGGCCUCAGGAGGGGCUGAGAGCUGACAGCGCUCAAAGGGUCACCAGGUCUCCAGCUGGAGGAGACCCAGCAGGAAAGGAGGAUUCUGGCAGUGGUGGACAGAGUGCUGCCCAGCACUGGACAAAGCUGCGAGCAGAAAGUGGUUACUUCUCCUUGGAACGACAUCACUCAGGACAAACCCAGGCUUCCUCCAGGGUACCACCAACUGGACCUCGGAACACCACCCAGGCUUCUUCUGUUCAAAGGGGUGUUUUCAAUGAUGCUUCUGCACAAGAAACCUCCCAUGCUUCCUCUAUAUCCCAAAACACCCAAAGGGACACUCCCAGGACCUUAGCCACACAGCGAAGUAGCCCCAGAAAGUCCUCUCCUUCAAGAGUUUCCCAGAGGGACACUCCUAAGACCAUGUCCACCCAGCGAAGCAGCACUCCACUUUCCUCUCCCCACAGAGUCAUUCAAGAUAGCCUCAAGACCUGUAUACCACAAAAUGACCCCCGCAUUGCAUCAUCUCCUUGUGUCCAAGCCUCCUCUUCCAACAGAACCACCCAGAGGGACAACCCCAGGAUUCCCUGUGCCCAGAGGGACAACCCCAGGAGCUCCUCUCCCAACAGAACCACCCAGAGGAACAACCCCAGGACUCCCUGUACCCAGAGGGACAACCCCAGGAGCUCCUCUCCCAACAGAACCACCCAGAGGGACAACCCCAGGACUCCCUGUGCCCAGAGGGACAACCCCAGGAGCUCCUCUCCCAACAGAACCACCCAGAGGGACAACCCCAGGACUCCCUGUGCCCAGAGGGACAACCCCAGGAGCUCCUCUCCCAACAGAACCACCCAGAGGGACAACCCCAGGACUCCCUGUGCCCAGAGGGACAACCCCAGGAGCUCCUCUCCCAACAGAACCACCCAGAGGGACAACCCCAGGACUCCCUGUGCCCAGAGGGACAACCCCAGGAGCUCCUCUCCCAACAGAACCACCCAGAGGGACAACCCCAGGACUCCCUGUGCCCAGAGGGACAACCCCAGGAGCUCCUCUCCCAACAGAACCACCCAGAGGGACAACCCCAGGACUCCCUGUGCCCAGAGGGACAACCCCAGGAGCUCCUCUCCCAAUAGAACUACCCAGAAGGACAACCCCGGAAUUUCCUGCAUACUACAGAACACCCCCAGGACCCCUUCUACCCAAGGAGACAAGACCACAGCCUCCUGCAGCAGAUGGGAACAUCUCCGAAGCGCCUGCACCCAACGAAGCAACCCAGGACCACCAUCUUCCUUUCAACAAGACCACCCCAGGGCUUUCACUCAAGGCUGCACCCAAAAGGACAACCCAGGACCAUCAUCUCCCCGCCAUGCCACUCAGGGGAGUAGUUCCAGGAACCCUUCUCCCCACCGUACCAACAAAGAUAUCCCUUGGGCCUCCUUUACCCUUCGGCCAACCCAGAGUGAUGGUCCUCGAACCUCAUCUCCAUCUCGCACCAAACAAAACCAGGUGCCUUGGGCAUCCAUUUCUCUCCGGCCAACCCAAGGGGAGAGGCCUCAGACCUCAACUCCUACCAAACUAGCCCAUCACGACCCUCCACAUCACUCUUCGUCAUCUGUGGCCUCUUCCUCCUCUCAUAAUCCAGGUUGUCCCAGUGCCUCUCGGACUUCAUCGCCUCUGCACCCAGCACCACGAGGGGUUUCCCAGACAUCUUCAGAGCCCCCCCAGCCAUCAUGUGCUGUGUGCAUUGGACACAGGGAUGCACCUCGCGCCUCUUCACCCCCCCGAUAUUUUCAGUACGACCCUUUCCCCUUUUUUCCAGAUCCCCGUUCGUCUGAGAGCGAAUCACCCCACCACGAACCCCCCUACAUGCCACCUGUAGUGUGCAUUGGGCACCGUGAUGCCCCCCGGGCCACUUCACCACCUCGUCAUACCCAGUUUGAUCCCUUUCCCUUCCUCCCAGAUACAUCAGAUGCUGAGAACGAGUCCCCCCAACAUGAUCCCCCACAGUUUCCCCCACCAGUGUGCAUUGGGUACCGCGAUGCCCCCAGGGCGUCUUCCCCACCACGCCAGUUUCCAGAGCCCUCCUUCUUCCAGGAUCUCCCCCGGGCCAGCACAGAGAGCCUUGUCCCUUCCACUGACUCUCUGCGUGAGCCUCCCCACAUCCCCACUCCUGUGUGUAUCGGGCACAGAGAUGCUCCCUCCUUCUCUUCCCCACCACGCCAGGCCCCUGAGCCUUCCCUCUUUUUCCAGGAUCCUCCUGGGGCCAGUAUGGAGAGUCUUGCCCCUUCCAUUGACUCUCUGCAUGGCUCCCCACUGCUGCCCCCUCAAGUAUGCAUCGGCCAUCGGGAUGCACCCAGAGCCUCCUCUCCUCCCCGCCAUCUAUCCUGUGAUUUAGGUCUCCUGGCCCCUUCCCCUCCCCCAGGUAGCUCAGGCUCUCGGGGCUCAGCACCCCCAGGGGAAACCAGACACAACUUGGAGAGGGAGGAGUACACCAUGCUGGCUGACCUGCCCCCACCCAGGAGGCUGGCCCAGAGGGGGCCAGAGCCCCAAGCACAGGGCAGCAACGAGGGCCAUACCCGCAGCCCUGGCCGGGCAGAGGUGGAGCGCCUCUUCGGGCAAGAGCGCAGGUGAGCCA